AUGGAGAGAGAGGAGGAGGAUGCUGAGGCAGGUACCACCAUGCCUCCCCCGCAUCUCAGCCCCCACACCGGGCAGAGAUUCUCCCAGGACGUGGGCGUUUGCGGGGGCGUCGGUGAACACCUGUCGCGAGACGGAAGUGCAAGCCAGGCAGACGGAGAGGGAGAAGCGGCCGCUGAGGACGAGUCGUACGCGCGCGUGAUUUUUGCCGAUGCAAAGCCGCUGGAAAAACCUUCAGGUGAUAUUGAGGAAGGUAACUGUAACAUGAUGCGUGUGCCUGCGUCCUUCGAGACGAAGCCGACCGACAACAAGGCGCAGGCUCAAAUGGUUAUCACCUGUAAAAGGAUGCCUGUGCCUUACGUGUCAUUCGAGUCCAGACAUCCGACCGGUGAGAAGCCGAAGGCUGCAGUGGCGAUCACCUGUAAAGACGGCGUCGCCAAGAGAGAACCGACGGUCUCGAAGUCCCCGGGCGGCGCUGAGAUCGACACCGCUGGCGGGAUAGAAGCAACGCAUCCGCCAGGAGCGGCGCACGCGGAAUGUUUCAUCGGCACAGAGAAGCACGGCUCACCGCCAGGGACCCCGACCACCCCCGGUUACCGUGUAGUCGUAGGCCUUGCGUCCGGACCGAAACUCCACGACGGUGUCGGAUCGCUUGAUACACCGCCAGAGACCACCGCCGUUGACGAGGGGGAGGCAGAGCCUACGCCCGGACCGAAACGUCUCAGCGGUGCGGAAGCGGUCGCCCCACCGCCAGCGACCGAAACUCACGCCGUUGACGGGACGGAGGGAGGGCCUACGCCCGGACCGAAACGUUCCUGCGGUGCCGAGGCGCUCGACCCACCGCAAGACAUCGAGGCCACUGCCGGUAACGGGGCAGACGAAAGACCGAAACGUUCCAGCGGCACCGAGGCGCCCCAUACACCACAAAACAACGAGGCCGCCGCCGGUAACGGGGAAGACGAAAGACCAAAGCGUUCCAGCGGUGCCAGAUCGCUCGACCCACCGCAAGACAACGAGGCCACCGCCGGUAACGGGGUAGACGAAAGACCGGAACGUUCCAGCGGUGCAAGACUGCUCGACACACCGCAAGACAACGAGGCCACCGCCGGUAACGGGGCAGACGAAAGACCGAAACGUUCCAGCGGUGCAAGAUUGCUCGACACACCACGAGAAAACGAGGCCACUGCCGCUGACGACGGAAAGGCGGGGCAUGGAACCCGACCGAAACGUCCUAUCAGUGACGGACCGUCCGACACACGCCUCCACGAGACUCCUGCCGGUGACGAGCUAAAGGCAGGACCUAACCGAGACCACGCCCGUUACGAGACAGCGGCAGGGCCUGCACCCGGACCGCAACGCGCAACACGUCCCAGCGGUGCCGUGCCGCAUGACACACCGGCAGGAACCGAGACUCACGCCGGUGACGGGACAGAGGCAGCGCCUGCACCCGGACCGCAACACGGGCUACAUUCUCUCGGUGCGUGGCCGCUCCACACACCGCCAGUAACCGAGAACACCGACGGUGAUGGGCUAGGGGCAGCGCCUGCUCCCGGACCGCAACGCGGGCUAUGUUCUCUCUGUGCCUGGCCGCUACACACACCGCCAGUAACCGAGACCAACGCCGGUUACGAGACAGCGGCAGCGCCUGCACCCGGACCGCAACACGGGCUACAUUCUCUCGGUGCGUGGCCGCUCCACACACCGCCAGUAACCGAGAACACCGACGGUGACGGGCUAGGGGCAGCGCCUGCUCCCGGACCGCAACGCGGGCUAUGUUCUCUCGGUGCCUGGCCGCUACACACACCGCCAGUAACCGAGACCAACGCCGGUUACGAGACAGCGGCAAGGCCUGCACCAGGACCGCAACGCACAACACGUCCCAGCGGUGCCGUGCCGCAUGGCACGCCGGCAGGAUCCGAGACUCACGCCGGUGACGGGUUAGAGGCAGGGCCUGCUCCCGGACCGCAACACGCGCUACGUUCUCUCGGUGCGUGGCCGCUCCACACACCGCCAGUAACCCAGGCUCCUUCCGGUAACGGCCAAGAGGCAGGGCCCGCUACCGUGGACGGCCCGGAUUCUAGUUCGGCUACAGGCACCUCGAGAGACAAGACCACCGUGGUUGGUCGGGUGUUGCGUCAUGUGACGUCAUGCCCCCGGCCUGUCUGCCUUGUCGUCACGGCCGUCGCCAUGGCAACGCUAAUAGCGGCAAUCUUCAUCUGGAUGUACCUCGGCUCCCAGCAUGCCACUGGUCACGUGAUUUGGCUCACUCCUGACUCCGGAGUGGAGGGUACCGGCAUGGUGGGUACGGAGAUGACGUGGACCGGAUCCGGAAGUACCGGCAAUGCGGAAGCCACAACAAAGCCGACUGGUAACGGAUCCGGAAGUACAGGCACAUCGCAAACUACAAAUCCGACAGGAUCCGGAAAUAGCAGUACCAGUACACCGGAAGCUACAAAAAUGAGUGGUACCGGAUCCGGAAGUGAGAGUACCCGCACACCGGAAGCUACAAAAGCUGCUGCGACCGCCGCAACCACCUACAAGACCACUGUUGCAGCUGCAGGAGACAAAGGUGUCGCCAACGAGACGAUCGUGUUCGCCAUGCCGGAGCUGUCGGACAUGGGGCUCCCCCUGCCGGCUGGCGGCGCAAGUGUAUCUGACGGGCAGGAGCUGUUUCUGUCGCUGACCAUGGCCAAACGAGUCAAGGUGUACAGCCUGACGGGAGUUCCCCUUCGCGACUCCUGUACCUUGGACGGGCCGGGCGGGCUGCCGACAGUGUACAGCCUGACGGGGGUUCCCCUUCGCGACUUCCGUACCGUGGACGAACCGGACGGGCUGGCGAGGGUGUACAGCCUGACGGGAGUUCCUCUUCACGACUUCCGUACCGUGGACGGGUCGGACGGGGCGCCGAGGGUGUACCGACCCGACGGCUCGCUGGUGCGGAAGUUCGGGGGCCGCGGUAUCGGCGCUCCGCUGCGGGUGGCCGUGAACGCCCGGGGAAGGGUGUUUGUGUCCGACGGCAACAACCACAUCAUCUCCGUCUUCACGCGGCACGGGUUCCAGAUCAAGAGGAUCGGCGGGCAGGGCUCGGCGGACGGCUUCCUGAGCCGCCCCCAGGGACUGUGCGUGGACCGCGCGGGGCGAGUCAUCGUGGCGGACAGGGAUAACAAGAGAGUGCAGGGUAACGACAGAGUAUUGUUGUUGUCCGACGGGUUCCUGAGCCGCCCACAAGGGCUGUGCCUGGACCGCGCGGGGAGGCUCAUCGUGGCGGACAGGGAUAACAGGAGGGCGCAGGUGUUCUCCCCUAGUGGGCAGCACGCCCGGACCGUCCGGACAGCCGGGUUCCCGCUCGCCGUGGCCGUGGGGCCCUCCGGUCAGCUCGUGGUCACCAUGGACUUCUAUGGACUCAUAUACAUCUAUCCUACUUACUGA